UGCUGCACAUUCAUGGAAAGAUACUUAUUUGAUAAAAAUUAUUGUAGUAUUUUAUAGCAGUUGACUAUUACAUCAGAGCUCACUUGUAUGUCCUUUCACUUCAUAUUUCUCUAUUUGAAUUAUUUUGAUCUACUGAAAAUUUAAUUCAUAUUUUUAUUUCCUGUCAGACCUGAUGGAGGAGAGCGAUGAGAAAGAAGAACUGAGUGAAGAGGAGGAGGAACAUCAUGUCCAACCUGGAGAAAAACCUUUGAGUCGCUCAAAGACUAAAAAGACAUUUUUAAAGAAGAGAAGAGCCAAGAAAUCUUUCACCUGCACUCAGUGUGGGAAGAGUAUCACAACCAAAUAUAGUCUAGAGACUCAUAUGAGGAUCCACACCGGAGAGAAGCCGUUCUCUUGUGAUCAAUGUGGACGGAGCUUCAGACAAAAAACAAAUCUUAAGCAACACAUGAUGAUCCACACCGGAGAGAAACCGCAUGAAUGUGAUCAAUGUGGGACAAGCUUCGCAGCCAAAGUAUGUCUUCAGGAACACAUGAGGAUCCACACCGGAGAGAAACCAUACACAUGUGAUCAGUGCGGGAAGAGUUUUGCAUACAAACGAAGUCUUGAUGUUCACAUGAGAGCUCACUCUGAAGUGAAGCCGUUCACCUGCGAUCAGUGCGAGAAGUGUUUCACACAAAAAAUACACUUUAAGAUUCACAUGAGGAUCCACACUGGAGAGAAGCCGUACGCAUGCGAUAAAUGUGAGAAGACGUUCACGAAUUCACCACAGCUUAAGAGUCACAUGAUGAUCCACACGGGAGAAAAGCCGUUCAUGUGUGAUCAGUGUGACAAGAGAUUCUCAAAAAAACAAAAUCUUGAUCUUCACCUGAGGGUUCACACCGGAGUGAGACCGUUCGCAUGUGAUCAGUGCGAGAAGAGUUUCGUGAAUUCCAAUAAACUUAAAAGACACAUGAAAGUCCACACUGGAGAGAAGCCGUACGAAUGUGAUAAAUGUGGAAAGAGUUUCUGUUAUGCAGGACACCUUAAGAGUCACACAAGGAUCCACACUGGAGAAAAGCUUCACAUGAGAAUUCACACUGGAGAGAAGCCGUUCACAUGUGAUCAAUGUGGGAAGAGUUUCGCACAAAAACCAUUUCUUGAUAUUCACAUGAGAGUUCAUACUGGAGAGAAGCAGUAUAUGUGUAAUUGGUGUGAAAAGAGAUUCGCUCACAGACAAAAUCUUAAUGCUCACAUGAAGACCCACACCGGAGAGAAGCCGUUCUCAUGUGAUCACUGCGGCAAAACAUUUCUUUGGUCAUCAGACCUGAAGAAACACCUGAGAGUUCAUACGAAGGAGAAGCCGUAUUCAUGUUCUGUGUGUGGAAAGAGUUUUUCACGGCUGCAACAUUUACAACAACAUCAGAAAAUACACACUGGUGUGAGAGAGUACAUGUGCUUUGAGUGUGAGAAGACUUUUAUUAAAGCUGAACAUUUAAAACUGCACCAGAGGAUCCACACUGGAGAAAAACCUUACAAGUGUUCACACUGCGACAAGAGAUUCAGUCAGUCAUCAAAUCUGAAAACACAUGAGAUGAUCCACAGCAGAGAGAAGCCGCACACGUGUGAUCAGUGUGGAAAGAGUUUCUCUUAUAAAAAUCAGCUGAAGAUACACAUGAAGAUCCACACAGUGGAAAAACCACCUAGUGGAGAAACCAAUUAGUUUCCUGACAGCCAUGAUGAGGGGCAGGACAGAUUGUAUGGGUGGGCGUUGUGACAAUUUUAUUUUGUGAUCUUGAAGACUUCUACGAACUACUCAUCAAUUGAAUCAUCAAGAUUGUCUUAUUUUAUCUCUUUAUAAAAGCGAUUUUUGUCUUUGUCUUAGCGAUAGAUAAUGAUCAAGUGCUUGUGUUAUAGAUUAGCGGUGUUCGAUAUUGACAAAAAUUAAAUAAAAUUGCAAGCUUAUCAUGAAAUUUGUGUCAAGCCCUUAAAAUAACAGUAGUCUACCCGUCAUGUAAACAUAACAUAUUGUCUCUCAAUUAAUGAAGUUCUGUUUCUAAUUGUUUGGACAACCACAAUAUUGUGAUGAAAGGCUUUUCCCCUCAAAACAGAAUAUUUCACGUGAUUUUUUUAUUUGGGCUAGUUGCAUGGAGGGUGGACAAAAAGCAAGUUUACACAACGUUUUGAGAAAAUGUACCAUAUAAUCACACACAGACAUCAAGAUUUUGCAUAUGAUUUGCAACAAUGGUGACAAUAAAUUAAAAAUAAGUUUCAUGCUGGAAUGCAUGAUGGGUUGCUUUCAUAGUACGAAACACCCUUGAUUCCCAAGCUUUUUUGUUUUGGUUGUCACCAUUGUUGUGAUUCAUAUCCAAAAUCUUGAUAUCUGUGUGUGACUAUGUGAUUCACUUUUUGAAAUAUUUUGUACACAGUGAUUAUUUUAAAGUUACUGAUCCAAAUACUCAGAUAUAAAAACAAAAGUUUAAAUGCCGUU